GGGAUCAUCCUGACAGCCAGUCACAAUCCUGGCGGCCCAAAUGGAGACUUUGGCAUAAAGUUCAACAUAUCUAGUGGAGGUCCUGCACCAGAGGGCAUCACAGACAAAAUCUUUCAGAUCAGCAAGAGCCUCCAGGAAUAUCACAUCUGCCCUGAGCUCAAGGUGGACUUCUCAACCAUUGGCAAGCAGACCUUUGAGGUUGACACGUUCAAGCCCUUUACUGUUGAAAUUGUGGACUCAGUGGAAUCCUAUGCAGAGAUGCUAAGAGAUAUCUUUGAUUUUGCUGCUCUGAAAGAAUUGCUCUCAGGACCCAACCAUAUCAAUGUACGGCUCGAUGCAAUGCAUGGAGUGGUGGGUCCUUAUGUAAAGAAGAUUGUAUGUGAAGAACUUGGUUCACCUGCUAACGCUGCUGUUAACUGUGUCCCCUCUGAGGACUUUGGGGGACACCAUCCUGACCCUAACUUAACAUAUGCUGCUGACCUGGUCAACACU